AUUUACCGAAGAAGAGUGUGGACAGUAGCAGAGCAGUGGAAGAAAGGAAAAAUGCAUUCGUACGGUUACAGAGUCAAUGCUUUGUUAACCUUCGCCAUAACCAUUCUGGCCGUUAUGUCCGCCAUGGCUUCUCUCUCCGAUAACCUCAAUUCCCCCACUCCCUUUGUGCAUGCUCAGGUCACCAACAUUAACUGGUUUCAGAAACAGCCCAACGGCGACGACGAGGUCAGCAUGACGAUGAAUAUAUCAGCAAAUUUGCAGUCUCUUUUCACAUGGAACACAAAACAGGUUUUUGUAUUUUUAGCUGCUGAGUAUGAAACCCCUAAGAAACCCUUGAAUCAGAUAUCGCUGUGGGAUGGUAUAAUUCCUUCAAAAGAUCAUGCUAAGUUUUGGAUUCAUACAUCCAAUAAGUACCGCUUCAUUGAUCAGGGAAGCAAUUUGCGCGGUAAAGAAUUUAAUUUGACAAUGCACUGGCAUGUUAUGCCCAAGACUGGCAAAAUGUUCGCUGACAAAAUAGUUAUGCCAGGAUAUAAAUUGCCAGAGGAAUACAGAUGAAGCUUGCAUUUGUUAAUGUAUUGAAGUAACUUUAACCUUUCCUAUAACGGAUCUGAAGGUUAGCAAAAAAACUACAAUUUGGGAAAGGAUAAGUUGUUUGCCAAAAGUUAAAAUGAAAAUAGUUGGAGUAUUAUGAAACAUUUCCGCGUGUUCUUGUGUUCUAUUGCGUUGGACCGAACAUUUUCUUUAUUUUUUUGAGGAAUACUGACACUCUAUGAUAGUUGGUAUUCAUUAGAAAUUAUUAAUUUCGAUGGAUCUUACUUCUCUUCAA